GGCAACCAGUUGGGACACGCUUCUCAUGACUCGCCAGCUUCCACGUUCGCCCUCUCAGUCCGCCUCGAACGCUCAGCACAGGAUCAGAACCAUACCACGCAAACAUGAGCAUUGCACGGCGCGAACAGGGCUCGCUCUACGACACCAUUCUGAGCCAUAACAGGAUGCGCCUUCUCGUCUCCCCGCUCAACUGGACCGAUUUCCAUUCUCAGCUGCUUCGCAUACACUUUAUCGAGCAUCCGGUCAUCUUCAAGCCGGUACCUACAACAAUGGAAAGGCUUGAGCCAUCUAGAAAGGGGGAGAUGUUGUUGAAAGAUCUAACUACGCUUGAAUCGCUGCCUGACCAAGCCUCCGAUGACGAGAACAGCGCCAUCAAGCAUAUCAUUUUGACGUUCUUUCCUUCAUUGUCCCGCCUGAAGACCUACACUGGACUAAAUCUUUACUUUGGGCAACUCAGAAAAACCAUUCAAAUUCCUUGUGUAUGGAGCCACCGUACGGAAUACAAGCCGAUUCUGGCGUAUGUUAGCAGAUCACAGCUCGCCGCACGCCGCAAGAAUCGGCUGCUCCCUGCGGAUGCCGACCGCGACCCCUACAUUAUCGCAAUCCUGCUCGCCAUGGCACAAGCCCACUUUUACGAUGAGCCGGUAUCGAGACCUCUGCCCUACGGCGGCCGACAAUUCAGCUGCGCACCUGCCCCGUUUCGCGAUAUCACGCUGCAGGUCAUUACCCACGAUGGCUAUGGCGACGCCGCGAAAUUCGUUGUCUACACCGCUACAGUGACGGCGACCUUUCUAACGCGUUUCAUGAUGCCGCACAAAGGGCCAAGCGCACAAGACGGCAGCACCGGCAUGGAUAUUUCAUAUACACCAGUCAGCGCCUGGCCUCUUCUUGGCCUGAAAGAGCGGCUUGAGAGGGUUUUGGGCCGGGGCAUUACGGGCCAUCCGGUGCACGACGACGCCGAUCACAUUGGCUUCUGGGACCCUUUGGUGGAGCCUCAGCCGGCCCGCAAGCGGAAAUGCCCGGACGACGGCACGGUACCGAGUGCCGCUAAGAAGCGGAGGACAGCAGGGAAUCACGGUGGUGGUGGAGCGGGACGACAGGGAACUUGUAUGCACCACUUGAGUGGGUCUCUGAAUUGAACACACUUCGGCGCAAACAUACUGGCAAACGGAACCUCCGUGGCCAGUUAUACUUUUCCUCUCUUUUUGUCGGGUCCAGGUGGUGAUUUCGCCGUAGGUGGCCUCGAACUGGUCCAAAGCUUCCGUAUCGAGGAAGGCGCUCAGUGGUUCCCGGCCGAGGGAUGCCGAGGCUCACAUCGGCCCCAGCCCGUAACACGCAGAGGAUACCAGGGCCGACUUUGACAA